UAAAAAGAAAUGGAUUUUCAAGCCUUGAUUCUUUUUGUUUCAUUAUCUCACACAGCAUCUGCGCGCCACCAAACAUCAUCUUUCAAUCUACGUGGCACACCUGGCGCGCUCUGAAUUACAUAUGCAGAAUAGAUUACUCAAAUUUCGUAUUAAAAAAAGAGAGAGAGAACUGUAUUUGAAACCACUCGUCCCUUCUUCUCCUCUCAGAGCCGCGUGUUUGCAGCAUCUGCUCAUGUGUGCUCGCGACUUCUCUUUUGGCACGCGCUGCGCACUUGGCAGCGACGCUCAGAGGAGUGAGGUGUGUGUAACCAAGAGCUAAAAUUGGUUUCAUGAUGAGGAAAAGUGAAGGAGCAAGCCGUUGCGAUCUGUUCUCCUGUCUUGUUUGAAGGAACACAGGGUUCAUCCUUCCUUAUCAGAGAGGACAAUUGAAGAAUACUAUUCGGAACACUUUUUGUGCCAAGAAACUCAAUAUUUUUACCUUUUUUCUCUUGAAAGGGAACAUGGUCGAUUGAACAUUAAUACGACAUCCAGCAAAAAAGAAAAGAAACAAUAUUUAAAUCGCACUUAACAUUUUUUCAAUAGGAAUGGAUUCGCUCAUCACUUCCACUGACUUUCAAAGUAACUGGACGAACAACUCCAUCGCACAGAAUGAAACCGAGAUAUACUGGAACCAGUUUGUGCAACCGGUUUGGAGGAUAGUGCUCUGGGCAGUGGCUUACAGCACAAUUGUCAUUGUCUCCGUGGUGGGCAACAUCACGGUAAUAUGGAUCAUUUUGGCGCACAAACGAAUGAGAACCGUGACGAACUAUUUCCUCGUGAACUUGGCGUUCGCUGAAGCGUCAAUGUCCGCAUUCAACACCGUUAUAAACUUUGUUUACUCCGUGCACAACGAGUGGUAUUUCGGACUCUAUUACUGCCGAUUCCACAACUUCUUUCCUAUAGCCGCCGUCUUCGCUUCUAUAUAUUCAAUGACGGCGAUUGCGCUCGACAGAUAUAUGGCCAUCAUUCAUCCCCUGAAGCAGAGGAUGUCUGCAACACAGACGAAAGUGGUCAUCGGGGUCAUCUGGGUUCUGGCACUUCUGCUGGCCUUCCCCCAGUAUUACUACUCUGACACGGACCAGCUGCCGGGCAGGGUGGUCUGCUACAUCGACUGGCCCGAGUACACUCUCCUGGACUUCAAAAAGAUGUACUUUGUGUGUGUAGCAGUGCUGAUUUACUUCCUCCCUCUCCUGGUGAUGGGCUGUGCUUACCUGGUGGUGGGUUUGACUCUGUGGGCCAGUGAGAUCCCAGGAGAUUCGUCUGACCGUUACCAAGAGCAGUUGACAGCCAAACGCAAGGUGGUGAAGAUGAUGAUUGUGGUGGUAUGUACGUUCGCUGUUUGCUGGCUCCCCUAUCAUGUCUAUUUCCUGAUUCACCAGUUCUACCCGCACCUGUUUGAGCAGCCCUUCAUUCAGCAAGUCUAUCUGACUAUCAUGUGGCUGGCAAUGAGCUCCACUAUGUACAAUCCCAUUAUCUAUUGCUGCCUCAAUGACAGGUUCCGUGCCGGAUUUAAGCAAGCAUUCCGCUGCUGUCCGUGCGUCCCUGAGGGAUCCUACGAGGGUCUAGAGCUCAAGUCCACCCGGUACCUUCAAACCCAGACCAGUUUGUACAGAGCCAGUCGAAUGGAGACCACAGUGUCCUGUGUGAUGCAGCCGUGUGAAGAUGGCCACAAGGUUACCUUUGGGAGCAUCAGAGGGGCUGCUAGGAGGCCGGCAGCUCACAGCCCUUCCAAGGAGUUCACGUCCAAUGGCUCGUCCUCUCGCAGUAUUUCCAAGACCGUGUCGGAGACCUCCAGCUUUUACUCCAGUAAUAACCUACAGGAAUAAGAGUGCAGAAACAGAAGAGCAGGACGAAUAUCACCAUCUUUUGUGGAGAUGUAAUCGUUUAGUGAAUCCUCUUAAAUUCUCCCCCCAGUGUAAAUCUUGAGGAUUACCUUGAGUGUGUGCGGGUGUGUUUUAGCUGGUUGAGGACACACACUGCAAGUGUUUUUCAUUUCAAAUGAUCCAUCAUCUUUCAUUCUUGUCACAUUCUUUUCAUGAGGUUUAAUUAUGAUUAGAGGAAUUUUUACAAAGAUUUUUUCGGCAAAUGUUAUUGUAAUUGACAUAUUUCAUUGUGCUGACUUAAACGAGAGCCUGAUUUAUUGAUCCUGCAAUCACUGAAGACAUUUUAAAAGUUUACAUUAAUGGACAUGUGAUGCAGUGGAACAAUGAGUCAUUAUACUGUAUAUAUUGAAAAUGGCCACUUAUAUUGGUCUCUACUAUAAAAGGAACAGGAGUAAGUUAAAAAAAAACAUAUCCCUCUUAAUCACCCAAGAUGGCCCACCUUCCCCAAAUUAUAUAUGAGCACAUCAUGUUUCUUCAGUGGCUUAUCUUCAGUUGGGAAGAUUAUUUGAGAUCUCACAUCAUAUUUUCUCUGCAAGCACAUCCUUCCUUAAAAAGCACUAAAUUAGCUGAGACUGAAACACACACACACACACACACACACACGUUAGUUUUUGUGAAUUGUGGGGACAUUCCAUAGGAGUAAUGGUUUUUAUACUGUACAAACUAUAUUUUCUAUCCCCCUACACUACCCCUACCC